AACGAUGUCUGAUGAGACAGAGCAGAGAAUGUGUGACGAAGACUUCGGGUCGGACGAGGAAGGAGAGGAGGGAGACGUGGAGUCGUUGAUGGAGGACAACAGCAGCGAGCUGGUGGACCGCCUGAGGGAGCUGGAGGCAGAAAACUCGGCUCUGAUGUUGGCCAAUGAGAGUCAGAGAGAGGCUUAUGAGAGGUGUUUGGAUGAGGUGGCCAACCACGUAGUCCAAGCUCUGCUGAAUCAAAAGGAUCUGAGGGAGGAGUGCAUCAAGCUGAAGAUGUUGGUGUUCGACCUGGAGCGACAGAACCGAGCACUUUGUGAGCUCUUUCAGCAGAAACUGCCCAACCACCCCACGGCUCACUACCAGGUCCAGGCGGGACCCCUCCCAGACUACAAUGCACAGCUGCACAAUGACUCUGCAAAACAGGUGGAGCCUGCACAGACUGAAGCACAAGCCAAGGGAAAUGGCUACCGCACACAACAUGCCUCCCCGGGCCCUCGUGGCCCCGCCACCUCCAUGGAGGCCCUCUCUCCCUUCUUCAAGAAGAAAGCACACAUCCUGGAGGUCCUCCGCAAGAUGGAGGAAACGGACCCUCUGAAGUUCCACCCGUCCACCACCAGUUUGUCUUUCUGCGACUACAGCCAGGUGCUCAUGUCCACAGAGGCUGUUUUGGCUACAGCAGCAGACCCCCUCCCACUACCGUGCAAACCCCACCACACACACUGCCACUGCUCCCGCUCAGACACCGACUCACACCAACAUGUGAACGGUGACGGGGGAGUGAAGUGUGAGGCGGGGAACACCUGCUGUUUACACUGCAAGAGGAGCCCUGAGAGUCCUCCGAAACCUUGCAACCACGUCUGUAGUCCUUCAAAAGCCCCCCAGAGCCAUGUCGUUCCUGCAGCUGCUAUUAGCGAAUGUCUCAGUAAGAGCAGGACAGCAGAGCCCCCGUCCAAACAAUGCACCAAGAAUGAAGCCCAGCAGCCACCGGCAGGCGCUGCAGCACGGGUCUCAGUACCAGAACCUGAUCAGAGCCUGGAGGUGAUGGACGUGGAGCAGGAGAGCUCUGAGAGUCUAAAUGUCUCUGAAGAGCUCACCGGCUUCUAUCCCACAUCACACCUGACCAGUUCUGUGAAGGAAAACGCACAAAUCCUCCACAAUGACAUGGAAACAAGCGACGGUGUUCACAACGGCGUCAGCCCCUCCCUGUCGAACGACCUGUCAGCAGUCCCGGAGAAAGACGUCCCAGAUCCGCAGGCUUCUUCCGUCAGGGCCAGCGCCUCCGUGAGCCCCAGCCCGUCCUGCCUCACCGAGAUCAAAACCGCCGCCAUGAACUCUCCGUCCAAAAUGCUCAAGUUCCUGAAGAUUCCCACGAUGGGAGAGAAGUCCCAACCCUCCACGUCCGCCGUGAAGCUGAGCCCGCAGCUCACCCGCAGCUCCAGGAUCCCCUGCCGCACCAACAACUAUGAGGUGUACCACUCCCCUGUUCCCCCCCGCAGAGCCACCACCACAGAGAGGUGCCGGCAGCCCCCCCCACCCCCCGCCAGGUCCGAGUCCUACCCGGCAACACACUCCGCCCCGACGUCCCCUCCUCAGUCUGAAGACGUCUGCUCCCCGCCCGUUAAGGAAGUAAGCUACAGCAGCCUCUCAGCGCCUAAAGCUGCUCCAAAGAUGGCCGCUCCUUCUUCCACAUCCUCCUCCUCACCGAAAAUAGCACAGAGGGUCCCUCAUUAUGAAAAUGUCUGUGUCAUGUCCAGAGAAGAGGAACCAACACAAGGCCAGAAAAGAACCACGCUUCCAUCUCAAACAAAGGGGAACGGCGGUGAGAGGAAGCUCGUCAAGUCGCUGCCAGAAAGUGUCCUGAACCCUCCUCCUCCGCAGAGAAAGGAGUCGACCACUUCCUCGUCCGAGUCCUCGUCAGACGAUGAGGACUCGGACAGCCCGGUGUGGGUGAACCAGCACAAUCUGCCCGGUGCGUCCGCUCCAGGUAAGCUCACACAGGGAAGACUUAACUUCUCACAGACCAGAGAGAAACAAGAGGUGGAUGUGAGGGAGACGCAGAGGUCCGAUGUUGCCCAGCAACCGCCGCCUCCUCCUCCUCCAGCCAGGAGGACGGACUCCUCCAUCCCUAAGAGGCCUGCAGCGGUGGCAGCGAGGCCCCAGCCGGACUCCAGUCACCACGCUUUCAAAGACAGGCUGGCUGCUCUAGGGAAGCUGAGGAGUUCAGAGGAUCUACAGGUGGGUCUGAGGCCGGUGGAAGAGGGCACCUACGCAGAAGAAAGGUGUAAAACAGAGGAGAGGCCGAUGGAGCUCCAGAAAGAGGAGCAGAGACAUUCAAAAUACACCGAGUCGUUGGAUAGUAAAAGCAAAGUUAGUAGUGGCGGUUUAAAAUACCCGGGGUUGUCUCAGCUGUAUGAACACCCUGUGAAAUCUACAGCGGUGAAACAAGAACUGUGCGUGACCAAAGCCGAAGGCCCCAAGAGUAAAAUUGGUUUGCCGUCCCCUAAUGCCGACGCCCCCCAGGUGCUACGCAACAACAUCAAAUGUCCUGGCUCCCUGAAUCUGGCCUAUAACCUUAAACCAGUCCCUCACAGCAGCAACAGCCCCAAUAAAAUCCCCCCAAAGUCACCGUCCAAACCAUGCCAGGGCCCGUCCGCCCACAAAGCAGCGAAACCCGCGGAGUCGCCUCGUUACUCGUCUAAAUCGGAGGAGAGGACCAAGAUCGGCGGGAAAGGGAAGAAGAAUCCGAUGUUUGGAGACAGCCUGCCGCCUCCUCCUCCCAGACCUCCAACGUCGGAGGUGGAGAAGCCCCCGCCGCCGGCCACCAGCCCGACGUCCGCCAUCGAGCAGAAAGUGAUGAAGGGCAUCGAGGAGAACAUGCUGAAGCUGCAGGUGCAGGACCGGGGGCCGCAGCCCACCGAGGUGAAGCAGAAAGCCUCCAACGGCAUCGCCAGCUGGUUCGGCCUGAAGAAGAGCAAACUGCCCGCGCUGCGCAAAACGGACGCCACGAAAGUGAAUGAGAAGCGGGAGUGGAAGAUCAGCAUCCCCUCGGUGGGCAGGGACCCUGUGAAGGUGGCCAGCAGGUGUAAAGAAGGAGUGGAGGGCCUGAACAUCUCCACGCUGAUGGAGAAGGCGGAGGGGCUGCGGAGGGCUCUGGAGGAGGAGAGGGCGUACGUGGAGAGGUCGGGCAGAGGUCACUCCUGCGAGGUGGUGAUGGACCAAUCUCAGGGACAGCUGGCCGUCAUGUACCGUGGGGGACGCUCAGACAACUUCAUGCAGCAGCUGCUCAACAGAGUGGACGGGAACGAGAUGAUCACCGUGCCGCAGCGCCGGCUCUCCUUCGACUGUAAGACCUCGAAGCCGAUGUUUUGUCAGCAGGGCGACGUCAUCAGUCACACCACCAGUCGAGACGAUAUGGAGAAGGGAUCAGACAGAAUCGGCAAGAUCACAUCAGAUGAAAACCUCGCCGAUUCAGUUCACUCCCAACACUUCGCAGGUAAGAAAGCGAGUGUGCCAGGAUUGAAUCAGAGCAAAGAAAUAUCACACAUUCUUUGGAGUUUACGAGUGUUAGGACCUUGUGGAAGAUCAAACCAGACCUGGGUGGAACUGGUCUGGAAAUAGAUGAAUGAAAGUGUAGAGAAAUUCACAGGGUGAGACAUUUGUUAAAGUACUAUCACAGGAACACAUGGAACACAUCACAGCAGAGUG